AUGAUUCAAUUGUUUUCACAGGGCUGGUUCACAAAUAGCCCAAGCAUCGAGCUCACUGAUGAUGAAACUGAUGCCGGAGAUUCGGCGAAGGACAACAUUACGGAACAGGAAGCUAUAGACGUAGAGGAGGUUGGCGGAGAAGGAAGGGAUGGGAACCCAACCGGCCAAAACACUGCAGAUGCCGAGGAAGAGCUCCAAGGAGACAUAAUCAUUGUCAAUACAGGAGAAGCGGAUAUAAGCCCUCCUGGGGUUGAGGAGAGGCUUAGUCCUAGCAGCGACACUAACUCGAGUCAGCCGAAAACAAGAUCCCAGAUUCGGCGAGAGGCCGUGGCACUGAAAAGAGAAGCAAAGCAGCAAGCAGAGCUGGAGCGGCGACUGAGAGAAGAACAGCAAAUGGCAGGACGUCUCAAGAAGCGAGGGGAGAAUGGGAGGAAGGAAAGAGCUAUGAUAGCAAGGACGCUUCUUCAGCCUAAUGCGGACAUUUACGACUUCGACCCCAAGAAGCUUACCUUUCGACAGGCGAUGGAAGGUAGUGAGAAGGACAAAUGGGUAGGAGCCAUAGAUGAGGAAGUGCAGAAUCUCAUUCGACGACAGACAUUCUCGGAAGAAAUCACUGAAGAUACAAUGCAGGGGAAAGAAUUAGUCGAUGCGAAGCUUGUAUUUGAUCACAAGAAAGACAAAGGUGGCAGGAUACUACGGUACAAAGCACGCCUAGUCGCAAGAGGCUUUACACAGAAGCACGGGGUCAACUACGAGGAAACCUUCGCACCAACGAUCCGACUCGACGCAAUGAGGAUAAUUCUAGCUUUAGCGGCUAAGCAAGGCUGGAGGGUAUACCAGAUGGAUGCUGUGGCUGCGUUCCUUGCAGCCGACCUAAAGGAAGAAAUCUUUAUGAAAGUGCCAACUGAGCUCCAGCAACAUUUUGGAAAAUAUGUUCAGAUUCUGAAGAGUUUAUACGGAUUGAAGCAAGCUGCAAGAAUGUGGUACUUGCUAGUGUCGGAGUAUCUUAAAGAGAUAGGUUUCUCACCGAUGGCGGUGGAUCCGACGAUAUUCAGGCAUACAGAAUCGGGGGUGAUUAUCGGAGUACAUGGUGAUGACUUCAUGAUAACAGGGGGGAGCGAGGUUGCUAUUGAAAAGGUCAAGGAAAAGCUGAAGGGAAGGUUUGAGAUGAAAGACCUUGGAGAAGCAGAGAAUAUCAUCGGAAUUCGGAUUCAAAGGCACAAAGGAAAGCUGACUAUUGACCAAUCACAGUUUGCGAAGGAAACCGUGGCGCAGUUUCUCUAUGACGACUCGAUGAAGCAUUCAACUCCUAUGGAACCUGAAGCUAUACGGAAGCUCGUUGAAGAACCAGGUCGGCCUCUGAACCAUGAUGAGUAG